AUGGUGGGUGACCACAUGCGAAUCCUGGCUGUUCCCUUCAGCCCUUUCACCCUGAACACCCUGAACACCCUGAACACCCUGAACACCCUGAACACCCUGAACACCCUGAACACCCUGAACACCCUGAACACCCUGAACACCCUGAACACCCUGAACACCCUGAACACCCUGAAGCCCAUCUAUUCUUCACCCGAAUGCCCUGCACACCCCUGA